AUGGACGUUGAGAUGGUUCAGAAAAUAGUCUUCCUAUUCUGCGUCUUUUUCGCGAACGUUCAUGGAUUCGAUAACGUGAAGUAUGUGAACAUCACGGAGUAUCCUUAUCACGUGUCGAUCGAGAAAUACGGAAGUCAUGUGUGCAGUGGGGCCUUGAUGCACGAAUCGUGGGUGAUAACUGUGGCAUCCUGCGUUUUUCUCACGGACCCGUCCGUGGUAACCGUCAGAGUGCGCUCGUCGACACUUGAUGCCGAUGGAGAUAAAGUGGAAGCUGGUAACAUUUUAGUUCACGAUGAUUUCGACAAAUACGUCCUACUAAAUGAUCUUGCUUUAAUCAAGCUGAAGAUUCCUGUUCAGUACGGAGAAAAAUUGUUACCAAUAGGACUUCCGCGAAAGGAGGACUACGAGCUCGAUGAUGGAACGACAUGUUUCGUGACUGGAUGGAGGCAGACUAAGCCUGGCCCGGCAGAAUCUCAGCUCACGGUGACAGCUGUGCCACUGGUAAAUCGAGACACCUGCAGUUUGACGAUGCCCUGCUAUGAACCGAUCUUACAGAGGAUGCUCUGCGCCGGUAACAUGACCCAGGGGGUGGAGACGUGUCAGGGUGAUCCAGGUGCUCCGCUGAUGGAAGGCCAGACGCUGAUUGGCGUUCUAUCCUAUGGAUUAGGGUGCAAAACUAUGGUACAUCCUGGCGUAUACACUCGUGUCAGCAGUUACCUGGCGUGGAUCUCGGUGAAUUCCGGUAUCCACUAUACAUGA